UAUCGAACUCUUUGCCAAUCUCUGAUCUCUGCGCAGUAAUAUUACGGAGAAAAUUAAUGUCAAGCUGGCGAGCAGAAACUAACCUCUACAGCCGACAGCCUACUCUGUAAUCUCUGCUCCUCUCGUUCGCCAAGAAACUUUCCCAAUCGAGAUUUUCUUCCUUGCCAGCAAGAAAGCUCAACGCUUUUUUUCUGCCUUGCCCACAAGAAAACUUCACGUCUUACCUCCAUGAUUGAAGCGACUCCGAUGGAGCUUGCGGAACUUGCUUCUUGAAAUUUGGUUUGGGCCGUCGCUGAACCGGAAAGUUGACAGCCGCUCAACCAGGAGAGGAAAAAGUAAGUUAAAGGGUCCAAAUUGAUGGAGAUGAAUUCGCUCUCGAGCCGGCCGAGCAUGGAGUCCUCAGGAAGAUCAGGGGAGUCUCAAUCUGGUCACAACCCGGUACUUGACCGUUCCAGUGAUGGAGCAGCCUCGGAAUGGUCUACUUCCAUUGAGAUGUCGGAUGCAUCGCCGGAUCACACGGAGGCGAUGGCAGGUUCCGGCAUGAAGGCAUAUGAUUUGCAGAAACCAUUGAGGACAUUAACUAGGAGAUCUAGUUUAAGGUUGGCCAAGGGAUUGACAAGAAUGUCCAGUUCAAAACUCAGAAGAUCUUCUUCGAAAAAGAUCUCUGGAGUGGUAGAUCUCCAAAGGAAGAAAUUGAAGAAGUUGCGGUCUGUCAGGCUUGCGGGGUUUCAGACCACAAGGCCAUCUAGAAGAAACCCAAGUUUGCUACAUGACCAGCCUCUGAGUUCCUCGAGUGACAUGGAUGGAAUGCCAAAGUAUUUGAAGUCGACGAGGUGUUAUGACGAGAAGAAGGUGAACUCUCAAGCAAGUACUCGUAAUUCUGAGCCAUCUGUCCGCAGCAAUGAUCGGAAUGGAAAAUUCUUGAGUAGCUUUGAGCCAAACCGGAGUCCUUCAAGUUACAAAUCUGUUAAAGGCUUUACAAGAACUCCGACCCUCAGACCUGUGAAGAUUUUAACUAAAACGGCCAGUUUGAAACCAAAGAGGCCUCCUGCACGGAAACGGCCACAAAUUUCUCAGUCCUCUGACUCGAGCAUUCAUAGAGCUACCUGCUCUUCGGCUAUCAGGGGAUCAAAGGUUCCUGAUCAGCUGGAGAUUCCGCAAGAAGGCGAUUCGUCUGAGAGGAUUUUGGCGAAGAAAGUCUGUCCAUAUAGCUACUGUUCUCUUCACGGCCAUCACCGGCAUGGGGAUGCUCCCACAUUGAAGCGCUUGAAAUCGGCAAGAAAGCGUGCGAAUGCACAGCGAAGCAAGAAACUGGAAGGUCAGCCCCCUCAGAGAGUAAACAAUAUAGGCAACUCAGUAAAGGGAAAUGACUCGAGCAAAACAGUGUGCAAGGGACAGCAAGCCGUCGAAGAAUUAGGGAAUGUCACUCCUACCGCUCAGAAACUCAAGAGGGAAGUUCCUGUAGAAAUCUACACUGGACCAAAAGCAGAUCCAAAUGGAGAUGUAGCUCAAGAUGGAGGCGAAGUCAACUCUGAUUCUUUGGGUCAAAGUUCUGGAGAAAAUAUACAGCAAGCAUGUGUUUACAGCGAGGAACAGCAUGUGCUGGUGUCUCCUCUGGCCCUUGAGAAGGAGACGCUCACGGAGUUUUGUCGAAGUGGAAGUGAGCUUGAAAUUGGCAUUACUGACUCUAAUAAUACACGAGAGAAUGAAGAGGAAAGUUCAUCAGUUAAUUGCAAUACCAAAGGAGGGAAUGUUGCUCUUGAUGAAGAUCAAGCUGCAUCCCCAGCGGUCUGCCAACUGAAACCUGAAGAUGGUGGUUUGUCCCAGGACCUGUCCUCCAAGUCAACUGGUAUCCCAGAAACCUGUCAUUUAGAAUACCCACAGGAUGCCAACAUUGUCAGAGAAGUUGAUGCAGAAGAGCCCUCAUGUUUGGAGUCAGAACUUCACCUGACUGAAAUGACAGUGAACAGUGGAAACACCACUGUAUCAGGUAGCAUGCCUGAUGAGCUAGCAUGCACAUCAGAUGUAUGUAUCAGCAGCAAAGAAUCUGCUAGGGCCUCAAAGGAUGAAUCAUCUCCGGCAAAUGAAUUGAAGGGAGAAAACGCAGAAGCUCAAUUUGGAGACUCUGAGCCGGAUGAUCCAUUUAGGACUCCUCGGGGAACAAAGAAGUAUAAUGGGUUGUGGUACCUAAUAUAUCAGCACAUGGUCUCAGAUAUUGCUGAAAGCGGAGGGUCGCAGCCGUUCAAUCUACAAAAUGAGAAAGAACAUGUGAAAGAUGGCAAUAUGCUGCCUGGUGUGGAUGGAACCAACCAUUGUCAAGCGGUUUCUGAAUGUGGUCAGGACGUUGAGAUGGCAACCAAUGAUGAAGAUCGGCAGCAGAUGGAACUGUGCCAGAGUGAUGCCAUCAAACUGUUGCAAGAAGCAAUUAGCAAAAUUCUUCUUUCCCAAAGCCUGGAUUGGAAGUCUGAUAGCCAGUCAAUGGGUAAUGAUACAUAUAUGGGGGACCAGUGUCUCUCUGAUGAGAAUGAUGGCAGCCGAGGUGCAAUCGAAUCGUCGAGAGUCUCUACUUUCCCUGAACUUCAGAAUGGUGCAGCUCCAGAUUCAAAAGAAGAACAGGUCAGAACUGAAGAUCUCGAUACCAAGAAGGAACAAAGGGAAACUAAGAUGUGGAGAAGGCCUAACCAGCCAACACUUAAGAGAUGGAGCAAUGUGAAAAAGUUGAUCCUUCUCAAGAGAUUCGUCAAGGCAUUGGAGAAAACUAGGAACUUCAAGCCAAGAAUGCCCAGAAGCCAGUCCUCAGAACUUCACCCAGAAGCAGAGAAAGUCAGCUUAAGACGGCAAUCGACAGAAGAGAGGAAGAAAUCUGAGGAAUGGAUGCUUGAUUAUGCACUCCGGAAGGUCAUUUCCAACCUGGAUCCAGCACAAAAAAGGAAAGUAGCUCUCCUUGUAGAAGCCUUUGAAACUGUCGUCCCAGCAGAAGGAUGUGAAUCUCCCUUAAGUCCAAAUUCAUCAUUUUCAUCUCCUGUUCGCCGUGCUAAAGCCAACGUAAAUUGCUCAGUCCAGGAUGACAAGCCAAAAGGCAGUGAGUAUGGAUACUCUUCUGCGACAUUGACUGGGAUGUCAUCAAGCACAUAUCCAGUUGUACAAAGCAGCGGUUCCCCAACUGAAGAACAAGAGAACCCAGUGGCAUCUUCUCAGGCCAAAGUAACAGGUCAGGACUUUUGUGAAAUCAGUAAAGAUACAAGCAUGGUGAUCUAUGAUGAAAACCCUAUGAAAAAUAGUUGUUCAAGUCCUGAUGGGGUUAUGAGUAAGUCCACUAUUGCGAGUGAUCCAUCUGAUCAGUGCUUGAAGGCAGAAAACAGUGACAAUGACAUUGAAUUAUUAGACGAUAGAAAAGUUGAGGUGGAGAGUGCAAGGGAAACUCCAAGUUUAAAUUUACUAGCUGACGGUUCUUAUGCAGGAUUGAGCAGAAAAAGCUACGAGACUGAAGGUUCAAUGGGUGAAACAGUGCCGAUAUUAAAUGAUUCUAAACGUGAUUUGCCUGAAGAUAUAGCAGAAUCUGAGCCAGAUGAUCCAUUUAGGACUCCUGUUGGAAGCAGGAAGAGUAAUGGGUUGUGGUACCUAAUAUAUCAGCACAUGGUCUCAGACAUCGCCGAAAGUGGAGGAUUGCAGAGUCUAGAAAAUGAGAAAGAAUAUGUGAAAGAUGGCAGUACACUGCUUGGAGUGGAAGAAGCUGACUGUCGUCAAGAGGUUUCUGAAGGGGGUCAUGACAUUGAGGCAGCAACCAAUGAUGAAGAUCGGCAGCAGACGGAACUGUGCCAGAGUGAUGUCAUCAAAUUGCUACAAGAAUCAAUUAACAAAAUUCUUCUUUCCCGAAGUCCACAUCAGAAGUUUGAUGGACAGUCAAAAGCUAAUGACUCAAAGUUGGAGGAGCAGUGUCACUCUGGUGAGAAGGAUGAAAGCAGAGGUGAAACCGAAUCAUCAGGCAUCUCUACUUCCUGUGAACUUCAGAAUGGUGCAGCGUCAGAUUCAAAAGAAGAGCAGGUCAGAACUGAAAAUCUGCAUACUGAGAAGGAACAAACACAUACUAAGAUUUGGCACAAGCCUAAUCAGCCUACACUUAAGAGAUGGAGCAGUGUGAAAAAUUUCAUCCUUCUCAAGAAAUUUGUCAAGGCAUUGGAGAAGACUAGGAACUUCAAGCCAAGAAUGCCAAGAAGGCCAUCCUCAGAACUUUUCACAGAAUCAGAGAAGGUUAGCUUGAGACGGCAAUCUAUAGAAGAGCGGAAGAAAUCUGAGGAAUGGAUGCUUGAUCAUGCACUCCGAAAGGUCAUUUCCGACCUGGAUCCUGCACAGAAAAGAAAAGUAGCUUUACUUGUAGAAGCUUUUGAAACUGUCGUCCCAGCACAAGAAGGUGAAUCUACCAUAAGUCCAAAUAUAUCAUUUUCAUAUCCUGCUUGCCGAGCCAAAGUCAACAUGAAUUGCUCAGUCCUGGAUGACAGACCAAUUGCCAGUGAGGAUGGAUACUUCUCUGAGACUUUGACUGGGAAGUCAUCGAGCACUUAUCCAGUUGCCGAAAGCAACAAUUCCCCAACUGAAGAACAACAGAAUACGGUGGCAUUCUCUGAGGCCAAAGGAACAGGUUGGGACCUAUGUUCAAUCAGUACAGAAUUAAGCAGUGCAGUCUAUGAUGAAAACCUUAUGAAGAUUAGUUUCUUAAGUCCUAAUGAGGUUUUGAGUAAGCCCGUCAUCGCAGGUGAUCUAUCUGAUCGGUGCUUUAAGGAAGAAAACAGUGAAAAUGUAGAGGAGUUUUCAUGGAAAACUCCAAGUUUAAAUUCACCACCUGAGGGUGCUGAUGCUGGAUCAAACAGCCAACCCUCCGAGACCAAAGGUUGUUUGGGUGAAACAGUGACAUUAUCCAAUUAUUCUAAAGGCCAUUCGCCAGAAGAUGAUGAUGCUGAGUCAACACACAUUGAAGGGUCGUCCCCUUUACCAUCUGUCGAUGACACAUGGGAGGAGCCCAGGAUGGCUAGUCGAGAAGGUAAUGAUGGAGCAAAUCCCAUAGAUGAGCUUUCAUCUGAUUCAUCUCCACUUGAGGAGUCCAUGCCUCUACGUGUCCCUAAUGCAGAACCGGAAAUACAGUUGGAGAACAAGAAGUAUUCAAAUCUCUGGUACUUGAUACACAAGCACAUGGUAUCAAGUCUUAAUACAGAAGAUGAAAGCAGGUCAACUCUUGAUGGCAUCAACAAGGAAGACGAAGAAGAAGAGAACAAAUUGGACAGAACAUACAGUUCUUGUCCUUGUCAAGAUUCACCAGAGGCAAAAGAUCAGCAAACAUCUCUAGGUCAUAGGGAUGAUCGUGAAAAGAUGGAACUCAAAAAAAUUGAGGCCAUUAAGCUGGUACAAGAGGCAAUUGACAAUAUCCUUCUUCUGGAAGCUGAGGAAAGUUCAUCAGGUGGUCAAUUUUCGAGUAAGGACAUUCAAUAUGAGGAGGCAGAAUGUGCAGAGACUCUCACUUCAACAUUGAAUAAUUCAGCUGAUGAUGGAAGGGUGGAACCUGAAGGAACAGAACAGCCCAGAGCUUCAGAUCAAGAAACGCAGCUCCAAUUUACUACUGUUAAUGGUGCUUCCCAUAAAGAGAAUAGAAUGGAGCCCAAGGUGGCAAGCAAAUUUAGCCGAGGAGCAGUGAAAAAUUGGAGCAACCUGAAGAAGGUAAUUCUCCUUAAGAGAUUCGUCAAGGCAUUAGAGAAAGUGAGGAACCUCAACCUACAGCAGCCGCAACAUCUUCCUCCUCAGCUGCUUGAUGAACCAGAAAAAGUCAAUUUGAGGCAUCAGGACAUGGAUGGAAGGAAAAAUACCGAGGAAUGGAUGUUGGAUUAUGCCCUUCAGCAAGUUGUUUCCAGAUUAACUCCAACAAGGAGAAGAAAAGUUCACUUACUCGUAGAAGCUUUUGAAACGGUUAGUCCUCCAGUUGGGAAUUGACCAUACUUCAGGCACAAGGAACAGCUUUGUGUCAUGCAUAUCCCUUUAUUCCUCAUCUAUUAUCAAGAUAAAUAAGUGAAGUCUCUUCAAUGCAGAGAAUUCAUGGUCAUCACUUAAGAGUUGCAUUGGAUUCAUCAAAUUGGAACGUUUGGGCGAUCCAAGGAGAUAUAAGGUUCAUUUAUUGUCCUUCGAUCAUUGUGUUCUCACAUGUAAGUGGGAGCUAACUAGCUCCUCUCACCUCAGAGGUUUAAUUUGCAUAGAUCGGUAUAUGAUGUCUACCUUGAUAUCAUCAGGAGUCAUUUUCCAAGUCAAUGUACAGAUGAACCUGUAGUUAUUGAGUUUCUUGCUCCAGCUAGAGAUGUGAUAAGAGUGUGAUGAUGAAAAAGAAUUUUGCAUUUUCGACCAUUUGUUACGUACUUGUGAAUGAGGCAAUCAGUUUCCGGAGUGCUUAGA